ACAAUUACAAAGUCCACAAAAGCCCAACAACAAAGCCCAUUUAACCGCUAUAAACAUUUACAUAAACUAGGGUUUGCAUCACCAUCGCGGUAGAAAGAACUUAACAACCAGCAGCCGUUAUCUCUGCAAACCCUAGCUCGAGAAUGGAGGUUUUGGCACCACUAGCUGCUGAAGACGGAAAGUCCCACAGCGAUGUCUUGCUCUUCAAUCGGUGGACAUACGAUGACGUUCAGGUUUCUGAUCUUUCGGUGGAGGAUUACAUCACCGCCACUGCUUCCAAGCAUCCAAUUUACAUGCCCCACACAGCUGGUAGGUACCAAGCUAAGCGAUUCAGGAAGGCCCAAUGCCCAAUCGUUGAACGUUUGACCAACUCUCUUAUGAUGCACGGGAGAAACAACGGUAAAAAAUUGAUGGCUGUUCGCAUUGUCAAGCAUGCUAUGGAGAUCAUCCACCUUUUGACUGAUUCUAACCCCAUCCAAAUCAUUGUUGAUGCUGUCAUUAACAGUGGACCAAGAGAAGAUGCUACCAGAAUUGGUUCAGCUGGUGUUGUCAGGCGUCAGGCCGUUGAUAUUUCUCCAUUAAGGCGUGUUAACCAGGCUAUCUAUCUUCUUACCACUGGUGCACGUGAGAGUGCGUUCAGGAACGUUAAGACUAUUGCUGAGUGCCUUGCUGAUGAGCUUAUCAAUGCCGCCAAGGGUUCUUCAAACAGCUAUGCGAUUAAGAAGAAGGAUGAGAUCGAGAGGGUUGCCAAGGCCAAUCGUUGAAGAAAAAAAAUUAAUGUUAGGGCACUCGAUUUUGGUUGCUAUGUUUUUGUGUUCUGUGAAAGAGAUUUAAUUAUUAAAACUGUUGGCAGUUUUUGUUAUGGAUUUUUUGUACCUGUUUUUUUCUUCUUGUUAAUCAUAUGGUUGUUAAGUGAUUUUUGCA